AUGGCCGGCGUCGCUUUAGGUGUCAUAUUAGGUAAGUUUUCCAAAGUUCCGAAUAAUGAAGUUCUUUUCAGGCUUUGGACUGCGACCUUUGAACUUGCCACAAGAAACCUUGCAAUUGAUAAAUUUCCCCGGCGAAAUUUUCAUGCAAGUUUUGAAAAUGAUGAUUCUGCCGCUCAUUUUCUCGUCCUUGAUUUCAGGUGAGGAUAGAUUAUUCUAUUGUCUUUAUAAAUUCCUCAAAACAAUACCUAUUCAAUUGAAAAAUACUUCAGCCUUGGCUCAAAUGGACGCUAAAGAAUCCGGACAAAUGGGUCUUUCCACAGUCUUGUACUACCUCACGACGGCUACCCUAGCCACGAUCGUAACUGCAUUUUUGAUGAAGUAAAGAUCCAAAAAGUCUUCAGCUAGGGAUCUUCCUGGUCACAGUCAUCCAACCUGGCGAUCCUUCUAUAAAAGGCGAUCAUUUGGCUCACGUCGACAACGACAACAACGUUUCAGCUAUGGAUACAUUCCUGGAUCUUGUUCGGUACGACUUUCAGGCAAUACCAAGGUUGAUGGACUCUUCAGGAACAUGUUCCCGGAGAACAUCAUUCAGGCAACUUUCGCGCGUGUCCAGACGACGUACGUCACGAUGCGACCCAACAUCGCGGUCAAGAACGAAACCGAAGCAUUUAUGGUGAAACGAGCCGUCGGCCUGACUGAAGGCACGAAUAUCCUGGGCAUCAUCGUCUUCUGCACCGGCUUCGGAAUCAUCAUCUCGCAGCUUGGCGAGAGGGCCAGAACCGUCGUUGACUUCUUCGUCAUCCUUGACGCCGUCAUCAUGCGCUGGGUCAUGACACUCAUGUGGUAUUCAUACUGUCAUAACAGCUUAAAGUCGUUCUUUCUUAGGUUCGCUCCCCUGGGUAUUACGUCGUUGAUCUGCGGAAACCUGCUCGAGCUCGACGACCUAUCCGACAUCGCCUCCGUUCUUGCUCUGUGAGUUUGAGUCCGUACCGUCGGAAUGUUCUUCCAGCUAUACUUUGACUGUGGUGACCGGCUUGAUGAUACACACCGUCAUAACCGUUCCGUUGCUUUACUUCUUCAUAACGCGCAAGAACCCUAUCACCAUCUUCAAGGGGAUGAUUCAAGCGGUUGUGACAACGUUCGGCACGGCUUCAAGGUAAGUUCAAGAGCCGAUAAAAACUAGAAUUUUUCCAGUGGGUCCUCCCUGCCGAUAUCCAUGCAGUGCGUGGAGAACGCUUGUGGGGUCGACAGGAGAAUCUCCAGAUUCGUUCUGCCGCUGGGCUCGACGAUCAACAUGGACGGCAACGCUUUGUAUGAAGCCGUGGCCGUCAUUUUCAUCGCCCAACUGAACAAUGUCCAGCUGACUAUUGCUCAAAUUCUGACAGUCAGGUGGGUUUUUCGGCUGAAGUCUGUUUAUCAGGCAAAGUCCCAGAAGAACAAAUUUUGGCUGAAAAAAAGCCUAUGAACGGCUUUUCAUGGGAUCAGCCGAUCAGAAGAUUCAAUCUUCAAAAGUGCGCUAAUGGGGGUUUCCCUUCAGACCAAGAAAAUAAUUUUUUUUUUGCUCUGAAGCUUGCUAUUACCUUUCCCAAAAGCCUUCGAAGGUUCAAGGCAAAGAUUCCUGAUGCUCUCCACUUACGAAAAUAUCCAGCUUGGAGAUAUCAAUUUCCAAAGUCACUCCUAACAAAAUCCCGCUUGACACCAACCUUUCCAAGCUUAAGAAAAAGCCAUAUGUCCCAAGAAAAAAGUUGCACUGGUAGCGCCUGUGAAGGUCAUAAGGAAUCUUGAUCUUGGACGUCAAAAAGUAUUUGGAACAUUUCAUAGAAAACCUAGGGAAUCCAACUUCCCACUAAAACAACCAGAAAUCCCGCCUAAUCUUCUCCUAUUUUUCCAAGGCUACAUAAAUCUCCAAGGAAACCUUACAAAAUCCUUCCUUCAGUAUCACCGCAACCAUCGCUUCAAUCGGAACUCAAUCCGUCCCAGCCGGUCUGGUCUCCAUCCUACUCAUCCUCAACACCGUCGGUCUUCCAGUCCGCGACGUUUCGAUGCUUUUCACCGUCGAUUGGCUUCUGUUAGUCAUAAAUCUGAUAAAUUUGAUGAUUUUCAAGAUUCCAGAGAUCGGAUACGAACCGCCAUCAACGUUCUCGGCGACGGCUACGCCGCUUCAGUUAUUCAUCACAUUUUACAAGUAGGAUCGGCUCAAAAAACCAUUAGAAGGCUAAAAAUAGAUUUUCGUAUAAUUAUGAGCUUCACAAACAUACACUACUCCGAAAAAACCCAGGAAUUUGGUUUGAACCAGGGAAAACCGAGAAGGCUUUACAUUUUACAAGUAGGAUCGGCUCAGAAAAUCCUUCAGAAGGCGCAUAAUCCAUCAUGUACUUCACAAAGAUAAGAUUCUACGGAGACCCCACAAACUUAUUGUGAAUCAGGGGAAAUCGAGAAAAUAAAGAGAAAAUGUGAAAAAGAAGGUUCUUCAGAAGAACCUGGACAUCGCCGACUCCCGGAACGACUACAAGGCGGAAAUCAAGGAAGAAAUCGAGUUGCUCAAGUCGACAGAAACCAGCCGGAAAAAUUCCAAAGAAGUUUAA